AACAAUAAUAGUGCUUCUCUAAAUAGUGCUGAGUUGUAUGAUCCAUCAACAGGAACUUGGACAACGGUUGGUAGUAUGAAUAAUACUCGAUAUUCACAUACAGCAUCUGUAUUAUUAAAUGGACAAGUGUUAGUUAAUGGCGGACACAAUGGUACCUUUUCUGUAAAUAGUGCUGAGUUGUAUGAUCCAUCAACAAAAACUUGGAAAGCGACUGGUAGUAUGAUUAAUGCACGAGCUUUUCACAAAGCAUCCGUAUUAACAAAUGGAAUAGUGAUAGUUACUGGUGGAUUUGCUGGUAGUUGUUAUUUGAAUAGUGCUGAACUUUAUAAACCAUCAACAGGAACUUGGACAACUGCUGGUAGUAUGAAUAAUGCACGAUAUCGCCAUGAAUUAUCAGUCUUAAAUGGAAACGUGUUAGUUACUGGUGGGUUAAGGAGCGAUUUAGCUGGUGAUGCAUCAAUAAAUGUUGUUUUGAAUAAUGUUGAAUCAUAUUCAUUAUCUUAA